UGCCUCCAGUCCUGUCAGGACAAGGCAGUUGUAUUCUAUUUAUGCAUAAAAUAGUACUGCAAAAAUGCAAUGAGAUGUUGCAACACAUUUUAUGUAACCUUUUUUCUGAUGCAUUUUUAAAACCCCUGGAAGCAGGGCUGCUCAAAUGGGGCACUCCAGUCACUGAGGAAUCUUCAUCAGAAUUCUCAGGGCCAAAAAUGUAUCAUGGCAUUGUCAGUCUUGCAAAUACUGCUGCCACACCUGCUGUAGAGGUGGCAAACAAGGUUUUGCUGCCCAAGCAGAACUAAAGUCAAAAGGAUUAAGUUUAACCACAGGACCUCAAGAAAAGGAAAUGGGUAGCUGUGGUCAGUGUCUGAUAUUGCCAAGGUCUGAGCAGCAGGUUCAAGACUUGUAAUUUAAAAGUUUCUAUUGAAUUUAGCAGGAAAUAAUUCUGUACUGUUUAUUUCAUUCUUGUUAGUCUCCUUGCACUGUUCUUGUUUUCUAAUUCUGUAUUUCCUUCAUGUUUCUGGUAUGGCUUUUUGAUUGGUCUCAGCUAAAACAAUGAAAGUUAAAAAGAUGCAUGAACAGCUUGGCUCACACUUUUUAGAUUUUUUUUUUUGCUGUUGUUCCUUAAGGAAGUUUCUAACUGUUCUGGUUAGAAUACUUUUCUUCUGUUGUUCCUGCUGCUGAUGCUCUUCUAUGGUGUCUUUGCCUUGCACCUUGCACAUCACAUCCAUUGUGGAUAACAGCAUGAGACCAUAUUAUUUUAAAUGGGAUAAACUCUUCUAUCUCUCUUCUAUCCAACUUUCUUUGGAAAUAUUGUCUUUCAGACGAGAUUAUAUCUCCCAGAACAAAGUUUGCUGGUACUAGACCUUUCGUGAUUGUUUUGUAGUUUUCUGGCUGUCACAUACUUAUUCAACCAGUUCUUCCUUGGGUUUGGGUUUUUUUUUUUGUUUUUUAAUGAUUUUGAUUAGUUGGAGUUCUUUCUUUACCUAUUUCUGUGCACACAGUCAUACUAAUUGUGAAUAUGAAGCCUUAGAUCUGUGGCAGAAGUAGAACUUAGCUGACUCUAGCACUGUCUGGCUUAAUAUAGUUUAGCUGGUUUAUUGUUGGAUGUUGGUAUCAUUUUUUGCUUCACGAUUCUUAUUUUAAAAAUCUCUGGUACCACUAACAAGACAACCUUACCAUUUGAGUGAAAACAGGCUUCUGAACUGAAGGUGAUUGACUUGUAUUCAACAUCUUGUACUCUCCUAAGAUACAGUUUGAGACCUGGGCUCUGAGUUAAAUGCAUUCAUUGUCUGUGGUACACUCAGUCCAAGCAUUUCAGUUAUAGUUUUCUCAGUCUUCUAAACACAUCAGACGUUCUAGCAAAUUUCUAUCUUAUUUGCAUAGAAACUUGAGUGAAGACAACAGUCUUUUCACAAGGAACCGGCUUAUUAUGUGACUCUAGAAUUCAGAUCACAAGAAUUUCUUUGUUAUCUUCUGUGUUUUAUAUAUAAUAGUAUCAUUUAUUUUGGUUUGUACCAUCUUGUCUUGGAGGACAUUUUGCCUGCAUCUGGACGUAUAGAUUUGCCUUUUCCUUUUCAAAGAUUCCAUAGCACAACCAUCAGACACAAUACAAGGAAGUCCCAACACUAUCUAACCCGGGAAAAAAACUGUUUGGUUUUCAAGUUCUUUUUCUUACUAUUUAUUGGUUUUCUUGGUUUCACACACUCAUCCUGCCUAGAAGGGAGGAAUGACCUUUGAUAUUGUUCUUGUCAGGAUUACAAGUAUUUUAUCAAACAAGGUAGGUCUGAGGUGCUGACCUGAACUGAAUGACAUUGUGUAGUGAUUUAAACACUCAGACUAAGAGCAGAGAUUUUAUCACCUCAGUAAACCAGACAAAAGUAACUGAUAAGUCCUGGCAGAACAGAAUAAGAUUAAAAUGAGCCCAUUUAAAUAUUGUUUGCAGGAAUUUGUUCCUAGCGAGAUGCUUGGUUUUGUUAAUGGAAAUGCUGUGGGGAAAAAACCCUUCCUUGGUGACAGAAACAGCAGAUUUUUGGGUUCAGAAGUGUUUAAGACAACUCAAAACUCCAAAGAUGCAUGUCUUAGUUGCCGUUGAUAUUACAGAGAAAAUACUUUAAAACUGCCAAGGAGCACACUUUGUUUCCAGAUAAUUCCCUGGCAGCCACUGAACUUCCAUCUGGCUGCCAGGAGGAAAACUGCCUUUGCAGGUUCACAAGCAGCAGCUGCCUCACAGGAUGUUUUGGCAUUUGUGGUGGGUAUCCAACUGUGGGACUGUGAACUCAUAAGAGUUCCAGUACGUCCCAAAUGGUGCAGAUCCCCCGGAAAUAUGCAGAUUUAUUUUGUAGAGCAGUGUGGAGACAUUGAUCCCUUCUUGCUGCGUCUUUCAGGACAAGUUUUACAUCUGCGUAUCUUGUGUGAUAACCACCAAGUUUAGAGGCAAAGGACUUCAAGUUGGUGAGGUUGGUUCUGCAGGGCAUCCCAAGGCCUUAUCUGCCAUCAGGGAAAUCAAGACCUGGACACUACACACCAAAUUCCCAUCCCAGAGAACAGCCCAACUGCAAAGAUGAAGAACGUAAUUUGAUUUUCCUGUGUUCAGGAAACAGGUGCUUGGCAUGGAAAGUGGCACUCCUUCCUUUCUUCUUUUACUGAAAUCACUGAUGAUGCCACGUCUGAGACUGUGCAAGUCACUGAGGUGUAACACAGGCGCUGCCCCAGUGUGGGACUGGUCACAUUGAACUGCUUUUCUACAAUAGGAUAAUUACAACUGAUUCAGCACCUGUCAUCCUGAGCCCUAUCACAGUGGCCUUUGGACUUCUGAGUGGUUUGGACUAUAGAAUUGUGCUCCUAACACUGCCCAGCACAGCACUUUGGUUUGUAAACUGAGUGACUGAUCAUUCCCUUGGAGCAGUGCCAACAGCAGUUCUACAAAGGAAAUGUUUAACACUGGGUGACGUGAAGCCAUGCGCUCGUGCAAACUUCUAGACAGCUGAUUUGGAGGCUUGUCUUUGGUGGUUUCAUCUCAAUAUUAGAAUGUAAUUGGUUCAUUAAGGGCAAACUCAUAAUGAACCCUCUAACUUCAAGCAAAUAUCUGGCAAUCAGUAGAAUAUUGCUGCACAGUGACACGACUUACAUCUUUGACACAUUAUACUUCACAUGAAAAGUGACAUCUUCCAAGGAAAACAGCUUGUUUCAGGAUAAUAUUCUAGGUUUGCAGAAAGAUUUUUAUUUUGUUGUUUCAAAAUAGAUUGCAAAGACAUUAGAAGAUUAGGAUAUACAUAAGAGCACGGAAUGGAAAGAAAAGUACUUCCUGUGGGAAUGCUGACUACUUUUUAAUGUCACCUGCCAUUGAGAAAGCAGUUGCAAACAUCAUUGUGACAAAUAGCUAACAGUAAACAAUUCUUUAGAAUUAUGAGGUACCACUUUUCAUUUUUGUAACAUAAAAUUACAGAACUACCAAUCAAAGUUCCCUUUUCCACAGUAAUUUUGUGGUGAGAGACUUGAUUUAGGGAAUUUAGGGAAACCCCACUACGAUUCACACUGUGAAUUUAUUUUUUCAUUGUUCAGUCGGGGGUGUGGGUAGAAGUCAUUAGAACACAUUACCAGAGAUAGUAGGGGAAAAGGGAAAUAGCUUCAAGAGUCAAAUCCAAGCCCUAGGUAAGUGAGAUACAAAGUAAAUCGAAGUCACUGAGGCAGAAAAUUGUUCAAGGCUAGGAAAUUCUUCUGGGGAAAUAUGUCUCCUCUUAACACCUCUGCCUAAGUGUCUUUUUCAGUUAAUGCUGAAAAGGGAAACACUGCUGGGUAGACCUCUGGCAGUGCUUACAUUCCUGUGCAGACCAAAUGAAUGAGGAACAGUAGAGAACCUAGAAAAGGGACAUUUUGAGUAGUCUCUUGUCUCAACACAAGGAACAAGGGUGCAGUUUUGCCAAGGAAGAAGUGUGCUGAUACAGGGAGACACAAAUCUGGACUGCAUGGGUGUACACUGGAAAAACCCUUGAAAGCGCUGUCAUAAAAACUGUGUCACCUCCUCUUCCUUAGCAGUUGUUUAGCAGAUGGGUACCAGACCUAGAAGGGUGAUUCAGGGUGAGUGAGGCACUGAUGCUUUUGUUCCAGACAAGAGCUGCCUCUGAAGAACGCUGGAGGUAGGUAAAUGUAAAGUUCACCUCUCUGCUUUGGUUACAUGGAGAUUUUCCAUGUAAGCAGCUCUGGAACAUCUCUGCUGUGAAGACAGGCUGAGGGAGCUGGGAAGAGAAGGCUUCAGGGACACAUCAUGGUGGGCUUCCAGUACUUAAAAGGGACUUAUAAGAAAGAGGGAUAGGGAUUUUUUACAAGGGCAGAUAGUGAUAGGACAAGGGCAAAUGGUUUCAACUUAAAAUACAAGAGAUUUAGAUUAAGUCUUGGGAAGAGGUUCUUUACUUGGAGGUUAGUGAGGCACUGGAACAGUUGCCAGAAAAGCUGCGGAUGUCCCCUCCCUGGAAGUGUUCAAGACUAGGUUGGAGGGGGCUUUGACUAACCUGGUCUAGUGGAAGGUGUCCCUACCCAUGGUAAAGAGGUUGGAACGAGAUGACCUUUAAGGUUUCUUCCAACUCAAGCCAUUCUAUGAUUCUAAAUUUCUAUGAUUUUAAGCAAACUCCAGGCAGGCACAGUGUGUUUGGAGUUGUCCAAAUCUGGUACCCUGAUGGAUCUGAGGCUGCUGCAGCUCCCUGACCCCAGGUCCAGCAGUGAGGCUGUGCUUGUAUCCCAGUAGGUGCAUGCACAUAUACGUAUGUACCCAAUGGACUUGUGUGCACCCUGGCGUCUUUCCAGUCACAGCACCACUGACACAGGGGCCUCCAGCCCCUGGCCCCACCUCAGAGGCUCUCAUUGAGAUCCCCCAGAUAGGAUAGAGCCACUCACAUAGGAAAAUAACUAGAAAUGGGGUUUAGUGAGAGACCAGGACAGUGCCAGUCAGAUGCACGUGCAACACAGUGGUCCUGCAAGAAAAAUGAGGAACUGUGCAGACACCAGUUGGUACUCAGUAACAAUUCUCAUGAGACCUGCUCCUCUGAGGAGGUCUCAGUUUAAUUUUGGCAUAUUCAUGUCUCAUCCUGUUGGGAUCUGAGCCUUUGUGUGUAGGCAAGUGCUUGAGAAGGAGAAGGUGGUGUUUUGCUGGCAGUCACACCAUGGGAAAGCAGAUGACUGGAACCUGUCCUUCCCUUGAGUGUGAGUUCAAGGGACUUGUGCCAAAGGACACGCAGUAGGAAGUCAAUGCAGAUGGUGAAAUGGGACACAGCUUUGUAGCCCAACACCAUGGAAAUUCCCAAGACAGGGGGAAGCCACUGCUUCUGCUUCCUCUUCCUGAUGCUGCUUGAGGUUUUUCACUUGAUGACUCCUCAAAUGCACACAGAGUUCCCCCAGCUGAUUAUGGAUCCAGGACCUUCUAGUCCUUCCACUGACUGCUUUGGAAAGUAAUUUAUUUAAAGUUUCAUAGAAAACAGCUACAUGUCCUCUCUUACCCUCUGCCCAACUCACUAUCCUCUUGAUCACAUUAAAAUUUGGCCAUAGACCCUUCACAGAAAUCUGCAAGGCAGAAGAAACUCUCUAUUAAAGCCACAGCAUAUGACUUCCUUAUCUUCCAGUCUCAGCCACUGAACACAUCUGAUUAAUGUGCUUCUCUUCUUUGUGUGCAUGUGUUUAAACAUGUCUGUGAUGCCUUCAGCAAAUAAAAGGGAAAAAAGAAGAAAUAAGAGGUUAACUACAUGCUAUGGAAAAAAAAUAAGAAAUGAAGGUAGUGAAUCAGGAACUGUAUAAACCAUCCUAAAGAAACACAGGAAGGAGAAAAAAUUGCAGGGAAAUAAGACUAGUUUAGAAACAGAGUUAGAGAAGUUAAGCAGCAGUUCAUGAAUUCCAGAAUCUUUUGAGUUGUAACCAAGUGUUUGGAGAAGUGUCCAACAUACAAAAUUCUCUUUGUACAUGUCUGAAUCAAGAUGGAUUAAGAACAACCAAUAAUUAAGUCUCAUUGGACUAUGAACCAUGAAGUUGAAUUUCUUUCGUCAACAACAGCUGUACCCUUUGAGGAAUUCUUUUCCUAGUUAUUUCAAAUCACAGCUUCUGCAUUUGAAGUGUCCUGUAUUAGCUUCAAUCAAUCACUCCAGGCAGGUUAUGUGACUCAGAUUGGAAGGUAUAAGGUAAUUUACUUUCCCCAGGAGUGGUGUUAGCUUUGUUGAACCUAGCUGUAGUUGGGGGUGCUACACUACAGUGAGUGUAGAAUCUCACACUGAAUACAUUAUUUUCCAUGAUGCUUGGGAAAGUAAGUGAAGAAUUUCCCAUCAAGAUUAAAAUAAUGUUAUUUAUUCGUAUUUCUCCCUCUCACACUAACGUUUACUGUUUCUCUUUUAAGGUUUACAAGGAGGGUCUUUACUUUCAAUAAGGACAGAAAACCAUCCUGAAAGAUGUCCAGUCUGUACCUGACAGCCUGCAUAGUUAGCAGCACACAUCCCCUUCAGGCCAAUUACUCUGAUGCUUGCAGUUAGAAAUGUUUUCCUUAGUUUAGGAGUCUACACUGUCCAGGAUAUUUAAACUUCUCUUAACACUGUUAGGGACCCAGCCAAUAGAGUCAGUGUAGUAUAGAGAGCAGUUCAUCUCAUCUAGAGGUCCAUGUCAUGUGGUCAGUUGAAUCACUCUCUAGAAUUCAUAGUCCAAAAUGGGAGCUUGGAGACCUAAAAAACUUUCAGACAUCUACACAACAUAACAACGCACAUUCCACCUCAUUAUUCAUUUGCCUGUACUUGAGACUCCCACCCAGGGCUGGCUGCCAUGACACAGGUGCUAUGGAGACCUGCAUCCUUUCAGGGCAGCUGGAGAUCAGGUGUAUUCCCUAGAGAAUUUCAAAUAACACUAAUGCUCAGGCAGCUGAAUCCCAAACCUCAUGUCUAAACUUAAUCACUGCUGUGUAAGACCUCUCUAGAGUCUUGGAGACUGGACACUGCUAAAUUUUUAUUAAAAAUUUUCUUAUAUUUACCAGCUUUUAUCAUGGCUCCACUCAUCUUCCUUCCACGAGACAGUGAACAUAGCAUAAAAAAUGGUUACUUUAAUCUUCCUUUUCCACACUCAUGAAAAUUCCUGUUGUACUUCAUGAAGUCUUUUCCUCCCAGAGCUCAUCUUUCUCUGCUUGAUUUCAAACGCACUAUGGCAGCUGAGACCUUAUCCAUGCUGGCAAGAGUAGAAAUGUUACCUACCACACAUAUGGGAACCCAGAUUAUGCAUUCCAGUAGCAUGACUGAAUUUGUUAAUAUCAGUUUAAAAAUAUUGAAUUAUUUUAGCAUUCAUUUCUGCUAACAUCAUAAGGUUGUUUUAGAUAGAACUGUUAGAUAACUGAUAACAGUCCACCUGGAGUUAUGCUGCUGGUUAUUCCUAAAAGAGAUCAGGUUUUUUUACUGUCAUUUGUACUUUGCUAUUACAUAUUGCAACAUAAUAUUCUACAGUCUGUUUAAGAUUAAAUCAUAUGUAUCACACAUAGCAUAAUUUGAUUAAUAAUCAUAAAAUAGAUUAUGUUGCUCUUAUAUGUUAUUUCUUAUUAUUUCUCCAGUUUGUCAAAAUCUUGUCUAAAUGGUCUAAAUGGUCUAAAUUCAUGAUUCAAAAUAAACAUAUGAAAUUUAACUCCACAUUUUACCUGAAAAACAUUUCCUUAUUUGUUAAACAUGCUAUGAAAUUGCCCAAACCAGAAGGCUUGGGUAAAAUAAGGAUAGUGAUAUUAGUUAAACACCUUGCGUCACUACCUGAUGAUGAAACUGCUAUGCAUCAUUUUUACUAAUCAGAGGAUAUUAUACAGCAUGAGUCAGGCUGUCACUGAUUUACUAUCAGCUAUAUAAACACAGCUGAGAAAUGUGCUCGGUAGCUCGAGAGUGAAACUGAGGCAGACAACCUCAGAUGAGGAUGAAGACCUUUGCAGUUCUCCUCUCGCUAUAUGUGGCCAUCUCCUCCACAUUUCCUGUGGCUCCAGAAGCAGAAGAUGAAGGGAAAACCCUACAGUUUGUAGAGAGUUAUCUACAGAAUUUCUACGACCUUCAAAAGGAUCACCAUCCCCAUUUAAGAAGCCAUGGUGAAAACCCCCUUACUGCAAAGCUCAAGGAAAUGCAGUCAUUCUUUGGACUACAAGUGACUGGAAAACCUGAUCUUGACACACUGGAGGUGAUGAAAAAACCCAGAUGUGGUGUACCUGAUGUAGAGCAAUAUGUGUUCACACCAGGGAAUCCCAAAUGGAAAAGAAAUAAUCUGACAUACAGGAUUUUGAAUUACACCCCAAAGAUGAGACGAGCUGAUGUAGAUGAAGCAGUCAGAAAAGCUCUCAGUGUCUGGAGCAACGUGACACCACUGACAUUCCAAAGGGUUGAGGACAAAGAAGCAGAUAUAAUGAUCUCUUUUGCUUAUAGAGACCACGGCGACAAUUCUCCUUUUGAUGGUCCCAAUGGACAGCUGGCUCAUGCAUUCCAGCCUGGUGAAAAUAUUGGUGGAGAUGUGCAUAUGGAUGAGGAGGAAGCUUGGACAAAAGAUGGAAGAGGCUACAAUUUGUUCAUUGUUCUUGCCCAUGAGCUUGGCCAUUCACUGGGUCUGUCUCAUUCAAAUGAUCCUGGAGCACUGAUGUAUCCAACUUACUCCUACACCGACCCAAAUGAAUUCCUUCUUCCUCAGGAUGAUAUUGAUGGAAUUCAGGCCAUCUAUGGACGGUCUAAUGCUGCUGUGCAACCAACAGGACCCAUAACUCCAGAAGCUUGCGACCCAAAUUUGACAUUUGAUGCUAUUACUACUCUACGUGGAGAAAUAUUCUUCUUCAAGGGCAGAUACAUGCUGCGCAAGCAUCCUGAAAGGACAGAGACAGAGCUCAAUUUCAUCUCCCUGUUCUGGCCAAGGUUACCAUCAGGAAUUCAAGCUGCUUAUGAAAACAUUGAGAGGGAUGAAAUUUUAUUUUUUAAAGAGGAUAAGUAUUGGGUUGUCAGGGGAUAUGACGUAGUACGUGGCUAUCCCCAGCCAAUCUAUCGCUUGGGGUUCCCGAAGACUGUUAAAAGAAUUAAUGCAGCUUACAACGAUGAAAGCACAGGAAAAACAUACUUCUUUGUAGCUGACAGAUACUGGAGAUAUGAUGAAAAGAAAAAAUCCAUGGAUCAUGGGUAUCCCAGGAAAAUAGUCUCCAACUUUGGAAAUAUUGGCAGAGUUGAUGCUGCUUUCCAGAAAGAUGGCUAUGUGUAUUUCUUCCAUGGAACAACUCAGUUCCAGUUUGAUCCUCGUGCCAAAAGGAUUGUUCGACGAAUGAAGAGCACCAGCUGGUUUAAUUGUUAAUUGCAAUGUUUUUCCGUAUGCCCAUUGUAUGUUUUUAUGUGCUGCAUUUUUCAGCAUUUCAUGAUUCUCAGGUCAGAACGGAUUUCUGUUCAAAUACUAUGACAGUAUAGUCUUAAUAAUUAUUUAUUCUAAGCCAAAUAAAAGUAUAUAAUUUAUCACAACUUCUCAUGUUACAGUCAA